CUGCCCAUCUUGAAGCACUUUUAACAAUUUCGGCCUCAGGCCAUGGUCAAGUAUGCAUCCAAAGUAAAGAUAAAAUUGCAGAGUUGUGUUUCCUUAAAUAUUCAACAUAAUAACACAAUACGCGCGUGUUUCUGGAAAUACUAUUGAGCUUAACGCGAUGAUAAUCAAGUUUAUUUCACGUUUUCAGGGACUACAUUGAGUUUUGCACUUGGCCGACACUGACAGUAACCAAGCGCCCCACUGAAAAUGCAUUAUCUUAAUUCCUAAUGUAUCUCAGCAAUCCUGGUCCAUUUGCCAUUAUAACAAGUUCUAAAUCAAGCAAGUCAUAGUUUGGUCAACUGAUAUAAUAUUAAUCUAGAUAUUAAGAUAUGAAAUAGGCGGAUGAACUAUUGACUGACUUGAAGAUCUAUUAUAUUCGUAACAGCAACAUGUGAAACGAGAAUCUAUUUAGUUGGGUAAUUUACCUUUAUGAAGUUAAGGCAUUGUAAUAAGCAUCAAUACUGAGACUAUGACUUUUUGCAACAAGUGUAAUUAUCAACUUGUAGAAAUAGGCAUAACAACAUUCAGGUCAUCAGGCAAAGUUAGUUUAACAAAACACCAAACGAAAGUUUUAAAUUUUGUCAUUUUCUUUGUAAUUUUACAAACAUACCUUUGGUGGUAUAAUGUGGUAUGAUGCACAUGCAUCCAUUUGUUUUUGCUAUUUUUCAGAACACCUGGUGUUCAAGAACACACGAUGAGGAGACUCAAAUGCUGUACUGGAGGAUUCAUAGUAAUAUCGAUUGUUAGUAUGGUGUUUGUUUUGAAACCAUUGAUCCAUCCUCGACCUCCACCACAAGCGGUUUGUAAGAACGACAAUUUUACAUGCUGCACUAUUUUGAAAACAUAUUGGAGUAACGUCCAAACAAGGUCGACAUACGCACCGAACACGGUUGUGGAUGAGAUCCAAUUUCCCGUCGACAGCAGCAAGUGUAAGGGGAGAGUAAAGGGUGAUAAACUGUGGCUUCUGGUUGCAGUCAUAUCAGCCGUACCUCACUCCGAUCAGCGGGAAGCAAUCCGGAAAACAUGGGGAUCUGCCAUCAACAAUGUUUCAGAGAAACCUGCAUGUUUAGUUUUCUUUGUAGGAAUCGGUGAGGCAUCUCAAGACAUGAACCUUCAAGACGAAAUUCGCAAGCAUAAGGAUAUCGUUCAAAUAAACAAGGAGGAUCUAUACAUAAACCUGAUCUAUAAGAGCAUAGGGCUGCUCAAAUGGGCAGCUGCACAGUUCAAUGAUGUCCAUUUUGUGCAUAAGGUUGACGACGAUGUGUAUAUACAUGUGCCAUUGUUGUAUGAAAGGUUGACGACUUUUUCAACCACACCAAAGAUCAUGAUGGGUUAUGUAGACAAUGGAGCACCUGUUUUUAGAGAUCCUAAAUCUAAGUAUUACGUUUCGGAAGACGAAUUCAAAGGGGAAGUGUUUCCCAGUUACAUUCACGGCCCUUCCUAUGUCAUUUCCGGUGACCUUGUCCAUGACCUUCUGGAAACAAUUCCGCACCAUCCAUUAGUUUCUAUGGAAGACUUCUACAUCACCGGGAUAUGUGGAACCUACCUCUCCGCAUCACAUGUUGGCCAUUGUGGAUUCAGGAACUGGAGAGCAUGGGGAGACGACUCCACCCUGUUACCGGAAGCAGUAUCUAUACACGGCAUGUCGCCAAGUCAAAUCUUCAUCAAUGGGUCUGUGCCUGCACAUGUCAUACAGUCAGAGGUCAUGAGUCGCUACAAACCUAAAUCCGAUAUGGAUAUCACCUUUCUCGACACAAGUGAGAACUAUACAGAGAAGGAAAAAGACACACUGUCAUGUUUCCUCACAAAACUUAUGUGUAUGCACGAAAGUAUAAACGAACGUUUCAAGGAGAUAUCUGAUAAAGUUGAUAACUUUCAAGAAAAAUAUGAGAAAGAUAUAUGUCAGAUGAUAGACGCCUUCGAAGAAAGAAACAGGUAA